CGCUAUGGACCAGCAAUGACUAUUUCUGGAAAAUAAUGUCGAUCCUCAUUGGCCAUGUAGGGCUAGGCAUAUAGGGUGGGAUAACGAUAGAUGCAUUGGACGGUACCGCCGCUUACCCAGUUCUUGGCAAUGAAUGUCGAGCCUUCCAAGCAAUUUAGCCUGCCAGAUCGCUCCGACUUUCUCAUCUGCAGAGAAAUGGGGCUUCAUAGCGGAGCUAUUCUGGACGAGGAAUUAUGCGGCGACGAGUUCAGUCGGUAUCGGCAUCUUCAUUACGCUCUUGGGCCUCUUCCUCACGUGUUCACGCCACGCUGUCCAAAUCGCUAGCCCUGAACUCAGGGACUGGUUGGCAUUGACAGCUUUUCAAAUUGCACGGCCAAGAAUAAAACAAUAAAAUAAAAAGGGGGCAAGAGAAGACGCCAAGCAAGAGAAAUUUUAAAAUUUAAUUCCGCCAUAGACACAGCGUUUGGGUCCGGCCAUGCGGCCUUUACGCUAACGUUGACGGUUUUGAUCUCAUACGUACAUUCCUGCAAUCAAUGGCUAGUUCAUCCUUGCUUGCUGUCGCACCUGAG